AUGUAUUUCAUCCGCCACUCUAUCACUCGAGCAGUAGCCGCAAAGCAAUCCUCCUCAACCGUCGCAAAGCUCCAGGCCUCACAUAACGCCCACAGGAGGACUUUCGCCACCUCAUCAAAUGAACCCGCAGAUGACCGGAGGACACCAUACUGGAUAUAUGGGAUGGUCGCUGCUGGAGCUGGAAGCGUUCUUUACCUGUGGCAAUUGGGAAAUCAAAGAGCAAAGGCUGCCGCUUUGGAGGAGAUUCCAGCUCAUCAUGGGGCGAGUUCGGGAUAUUUAACAAAGGCAGAGGGUAAAUAG